AUGAACGUGCUCAUUCUAACUCGCACCGCUAUAGUCAUGAUUGCCGAGACAGUAUCGUUGGGUGUUCUUUCGCUGCCUGCGACCGUUGCCUCGAUCGGCUUUGCUCCUGCCAUUGUCUUGAUUAUCGGCCUCGGCAUCGUGGCCACAUAUUCCGGUUAUGUCAUCGGACAGUUCAAGACUCGAUACCCUCACAUCCACAGUAUGGCUGAUGCCGGUGAGGUCCUGAUGGGGCCCGUCGGUCGGAACAUUUUUGAGGUCGCUCAGCUUCUGUUUUUCCUCUUUGCGACCGGCAGUCAUCUUCUCACCUUCACCGUCAUGAUGAACACCUUGACGGACCAUGGAACAUGCUCCAUUGUCUUUGGAGUGAUGGGCUUGGUUCUCUCUUUGAUCUUUUCUCUGCCGCGAACCAUGAAGAAUGUUUCGUGGCUCGCCUUGAUCUCGUUCAUCAGUAUCUUUACUGCAAUGAUGAUCACCAUGAUCGGUGUUGCAAUCCAGCGACCGGGAGACGGUGUCACGGAGGUCACUCGCAAGACCAGCUUCGUCAACGGCUUCACUGCCGUUACUAACAUUGCCUUUGCUUACUGUGGUCAUCCUGCCUUCUUCGGAUUCAUCUCCGAAAUGAAAGACCCCCGAGACUUCCCCAAGUCUCUGUGUAUGCUUCAAGGCUUCGAAAUCGUCAUGUACACCAUCGUUUCGGCCGUGAUCUAUCGCUAUGCCGGACAGAAUGUCACCUCUCCCGCCCUAGGAUCCACCGGCCCCAUCCUUCGCAAGGUGUCCUACGGAAUCGCUAUGCCUACCAUCGUCAUCGCCGGUGUUGUUCUGGGCCACGUUGCCAUUAAGAACGUCUAUGUCCGUCUGUUCCGCCACACCGACAUCAUGCACAAGCGCGAUUUCCGCGGCAUUGGUGCCUGGGUUGGUCUAGCAACGGCAUUCUGGGUCAUUGCGUGGGUUAUCGCCGAGGCGAUCCCCGUCUUCAGCAACCUGCUCAGUCUUGUUAGCGCUCUCUUCGCCAGUUGGUUUUCGUUCGGCCUUCCCGGCAUUUUCUGGCUCUACAUGUACUGGGGCAACUACUUCACCUCUACCAAGAAGACCCUCCUCACCCUUGCAAACGUCGGACUCGUCCUUAUUGGCGGGACCAUUUGCGUCUGCGGUCUCUGGGUUUCCGGAGUCGCAAUUCACAACGACGGUUCCAAAAGCAGUUUCUCAUGCGCGAACAACGCAUGA